AUGGAUAAUCAUAUGACACAACCGUUUCAAAUAGCCAAUGAUGAAAAUGUUGGAGCGGUAAACAAAGUUAAACCUUCCCAACGAGGUCGAGCUGCAUUAACAGAUGUUACCAGCAAUAUCAAUAAUAGGAGAUUUGAUGACCAAACUACCAAGAAGAACAGUAAUUAUACUACUUUAGCAUCGAGAUACAUCGAUAAAUAUCAAACUGAACAAGAACUACGAACAUCGAUAGCAUCAAAGGACUCUCAACCUCUACCAAAAAAUAAUUAUAUACGAGACGAGGAGGUAGCUGAUAUUGACGUGGACGAGCCAGAGCUCCACCAAGACGUAGAGUCGGAUGACUUUGAGGAAGAUACUGAAAAGGAAGUGAUUCCAUUGUUACCUAUAUAUGAUGACGCUUCAAAUUAUGAAUUAAAAAAUGCAUACACACUUUAUGACUCCACAGCAUUGGAUCUCUCGGAUGACGAUACAUACGAUAUUAUGAUGGUAUCUGAGGAUUCUAAACAUAUUUUUAAAUACAUGAGAAAGUUAGAACUACAAUUUAGUCCCAACCCAAAUUAUAUGGAAUUACAACCCCAUUUGAAGUGGUCGUUCAGAGCAACUUUACUUGAUUGGCUUGUCAAAGUUCAUUUAAGAUUUCAAUUAUUGCCCGAAACGUUGUAUUUAACUGUGAAUUUAAUUGAUCGAUUCCUAUCUUUGAAAGUGGUAACUUUGAAUAAAUUUCAAUUGGUCGGUGCCACAGCUUUGUUCAUUGCAGCAAAAUAUGAAGAAAUAAAUUGCCCCACUUUAAAUGACAUUAUUUAUGUCCUUGAUGGUCUAUAUGAGAAGCAGGAAAUUCUAGAUGCUGAACGAUUCAUGAUUAAUUCAUUAGAAUAUGAGAUUGGAUGGCCGGGACCGAUGUCCUUUUUAAGAAGAAUCAGUAAAGCAGAUGAUUAUGAAUACAAUAUUAGAACCCUAGCAAAAUAUUUAUUGGAAAUAACAAUAAUGGACCUUAGUUUAGCAGGUGCCCCCGCCAGUUGGCUUGCCACUGGUGCAUACUAUCUGAGUAAAAUUAUAUUAGGUGACAAUUCUUGGUCACCCAAGCAUGUCUAUUAUUCGGAAUUUACAAAGGAUCAAUUAAUACCGUUAGUUAGUGUAAUAAUUGAUAAUUGUAAAGAUCCUAUGACAACUCAUGAGGCUAUCUGUGAGAAGUAUUCGAGUCGUCGUUAUCAAAGAUCGGCUACUUUAGUAUUCAAAUGGAUAAGUGCAGCACAAGAGAAAAUUAAUGUUUAA